AUGAGAUUGUUUCGAAUCCUCAUGUAUUGUAACGUUGUAUUUCCCGCUCUAUUAUGCAACGAAAUUUGUAUCCUGUUUGUACCGUACGUUCUCCUACCAUAUCCUGUUAUUUUGGACCUGGGUCCACUGAGAUUUGGUCGUGAGAUGACUUUGUUUUAUGGCGCCGUGCUUUGUUGGCUUGCCGCGUUGAGCGUUCUCUGCAUUGCCUACUCGGUAUCGCUUAACUAUAUAACUGUGUGUCAUUUUUGGCUGCUGAGAUCCAACGCUUUCUUCAUCUUGAAGUGUAUCGCUAUACUUAUCCCAGCUGCAGUCAUAAUACCCUUAAGUGUUUUACUACCGUAUUUGAUACUGAAUGAUACGCAAUCAAUCCCGUCAAUGCUGAUAGCAGACCCAAGGAAUGCCGUCCUUGUGGACAAGUACGCUGCCAUGGUGGUUUAUCUCCAGUCUCUAGGCGUCGACUUAUGCCUUAUAUUUCUACUCUUUAUAUACACUGCCGCAGCAAUCAUUGGCAGUGCAAUGAUCAUCAGAAUCAUUCUGCGUAUUCGAGCGAAAAAACAUGAGUUUUCUGCCAAAACAUAUCGCCUUCACAUCAAUGUGGUCGUUUCUCUGAUCAUGUACUGUGUCAUACUUUUCGUUCAAGUCGGCUUACCCGUUAUGCUUUUUGUUCUGUCAGUAUUUUUUGACCUGUCAUGGAUGACCAGAGUGCCUUAUCUUGAAACUAUGUUAUUCUUUCCCAUUUCUUUAUUCGCCAUGUCUACAAGCAUUAUGUAUUUGGCAGUUAUUCGUCCAUAUCGAGAAUCUGCUAUACGACUUAUCAAUCGGGCUCUGAGCGCAAUAGCUCCUUCGACGUUCAUUAAGAUUCGAGAACGUAGAAAACCUAGCAACUCGUCAAGUUUCACUGUAUCGAACAACUCAUUUGGAAGAGAAGCACUUCAGCUAAAUUCGAAUUACAGUUUGACUUCUGUUAGCUGA